AUGGAACUGGGGGUGUCAGCUGUAAGGGGAGGCAGGAAGAAGCAUCUUGCUGAUAGUGGCUCUCUGCUGUCAUCACCAGGCGUGGGCUUCACAGUCAUUCUUAUCUCCUUCUACGUGGGCUUCUAUUACAACGUCAUCAUCGCCUGGGCCUUGCACUAUUUCUUCUCCUCCUUCACCAUGGAGCUCCCGUGGAUCCACUGUAACAACACCUGGAACAGCCCCAACUGCUCUGAUGCCCACACCAGCAACUCCAGUGACAGCACCAGCCUCAAUGAUACCUUUGGUACCACGCCUGCUGCAGAGUACUUUGAGCGUGGCGUGCUGCACCUCCACCAGAGUAGUGGUAUUGACAACCUGGGCCCUCCUCGAUGGCAGCUCACAGCUUGCCUUGUACUGGUGAUCGUCCUGCUCUACUUCAGCCUCUGGAAGGGAGUGAAGACCUCAGGAAAGGUCGUGUGGAUCACAGCCACCAUGCCCUACGUGGUCCUUACCGCCCUGCUCCUGCGCGGGGUCACCCUCCCUGGCGCCAUCGAUGGCAUCAGAGCUUACCUGAGCGUGGACUUCUACCGGCUCUGUGAGGCAUCUGUGUGGAUAGACGCUGCCACGCAAGUGUGUUUCUCCCUGGGCAUCGGCUUUGGGGUGCUGAUUGCAUUCUCCAGUUACAAUAAGUUCACCAACAACUGCUACAGAGAUGCCAUCAUCACCACCUCCAUCAACUCUCUGACGAGCUUCUCCUCUGGCUUUGUUGUCUUCUCCUUCCUGGGGUACAUGGCACAGAAGCACAGCGUGCCCAUCGGGGACGUGGCUACAGACGGGCCGGGGCUGAUCUUCAUCAUCUACCCUGAGGCGAUUGCCACGCUUCCACUGUCCUCUGCUUGGGCUGUGGUUUUCUUCGUCAUGCUUCUCACUCUGGGGAUCGACAGCUCUAUGGGUGGCAUGGAAUCCGUGAUCACUGGACUCAUUGACGAGUUCCAGCUGCUGCAUCGGCACCGGGAGCUCUUCACGCUUGGUAUCGUUCUGGCCACCUUCCUGCUCUCUCUCCUGUGCGUCACCAACGGGGGCAUCUAUGUCUUCACACUGCUGGAUCACUUUGCAGCCGGCACAUCCAUCCUCUUUGGUGUACUCAUCGAGGCCAUCGGGGUGGCCUGGUUCUAUGGGGUCCAGCAGUUCAGCGAUGACAUCAAGCAGAUGACAGGACAGAGGCCCAGCCUGUACUGGCGACUGUGCUGGAAACUGGUCAGCCCCUGCUUCCUCUUGUUUGUGGUCGUGGUCAGCGUCGUGACCUUCAGGGCCCCCCACUAUGGAACCUAUAUCUUCCCAGACUGGGCCAAUGCCCUGGGCUGGGCCAUCGCUACAUCCUCCAUGGCCAUGGUGCCCAUCUAUGCCACCUACAAGUUCUGCAGCCUGCCGGGGUCCUUUCGAGAGAAACUGACCUACGCCAUCACACCCGAAAGGGAUCGCCAACUCGUGGGCAGAGGGGAGGUGCGCCAGUUCACGCUGCGCCACUGGCUCCUGGUAUAGACUGGAUGGAGAC